CCUCUCCUCAUCUCAUCAUUCCAUUAGUUUUGUCUUGUUUAUUACACACACCUGGUUCAUAUUCCCCUCAUUAGUAGCUGUAUAAGUGUUCCCGCUGCCCCCUUGUCUCUGUGUGUGAUUGUUUAUUGUGGAGGUUAUAUGAGCUCGGUGGAGCGCCUUGUACUUUGUAUCGACAUAUAUACAGAAUAAACCUUUAUUCUGUGAUUUACCCUCCUGCGCCUGACUCCGUCCAAAUCACACGCCACAGCUACCUCACCAUGACAGUGUGUUCCAAACCAUUUUCAAUCCUCUUAAGGUGUGUGAGAAAAGGAGGAGAAGGAAUGGAGACAGAGAAAUCUACAUUGAAAACAAUCCUAACUGUAUACUAACCCCGGACCAAAAAUACACCCUCUCCACCGAUCUUACAGAUGAACAUCACAUAGAUCCAAAGGAUGCAGAGUUUGUGGAUUAUAAUUCCUAUGGAAACUACAUGCCAACAUUUCUGUUGCGUUUAAAAACUGUUGUUGAAGAAGUUAAUCUUCUUCUGGAAGAACAUGACGGUCCUGAAAAUGAACGUGUAUGGAACCGCCUUGUUUCACUACAAGCCUCACCAACAGAAGUGAAGUCUACAGCCCCUCUCCCUGCAGCCACUCCUGCCAGACCCCCUACUUUCUCAGGAUGGGACUUCAUUACCAAACACAAGAGUGCUCUAGAAACUCGCCUGGGACUCUUGCCGCGCAUUCUGUCGCUUCUGGAGGAUCACAAAGUUCUGAAUGCUGAGGAGAGGGAGGAGGUGGUCAGCAAAUCCACCGAUAUCCUAAAGAACCAAGCCCUGCUGAACAUGGUGGUGAAGAAGGGGGCUCGUGCCCAGAAACAAUUCUACCAGGUCCUGAAGGAAGUAAAUCCCUACCUGGUCGAAGACCUGGAAGAGCAGACAGUCUGAGACAGGUGCCAUGGAUACCACCUCACAACCUUUAGAAGAUAUCAAAACAUUUAUCAGCGACAGAGAACAGUACUUUGAGGAGGAGCCAUCCUGACCAGAGGUGGUUGGUGUGUAACGUGAUUGGACCCCAUUCUCACCAGCACUCCCAUCAGUCUGUAGUUUACUAUACAAGCCCCAGGUCUCAGGCAAGGUGACAUCACUGUGAGGCUACUGUCUACCAGACAACCUACCUGUGUUACUCUGGUACACUGGCUGCAGACUACAAGAUCAGGGACUCUAUUCUUUAUAGUCUCCCAAUAUAAAGGAGGAAUAUUUUUAUAUAUCUGUACAUUGAAUUUCUAUCUGGAACAUGUUGAAUGUUUAAUCAUCCUGGACAGGUCUCAGGCAACAACAUGUGAGACUUAACAUCUAGCAGACAACUGACUGGACAGCUGCACUGGCUGAACACAAUAUCAAUAUAUAUCUCUGUUUAGAUAUAGUGUUUAUGUUUAUAUAAUGGUAUCUUUAAGAGCAUCUUUUAAAUUGUAAUGUCAUUAUGUUCCAACAAAGGGGACUAGUGGGCUCCUUUUAUGAUAGAUAAAGAGAAAUAGACUCUCACUCUUAUAGGUAAUAGAAAUAGACUCUCACUCUUAUAGGUAAUAGAAAUAGACUCUCACUCU